AAGGAAAUUAUUCUCGAGGUCUUUCCUGUGGACAACCGCCUCGUACUUCUCCAACCUCCCACAUGUACUAACAAGUCUGCCGACUGCCUGACACAGGAGGUUGCUGUAAACAUGUCAUCUCCUUUUAAGGUUUUUCAGCUGCCAACCAGCCCGACAACCUGGUACGUGGCAGUCUUUGCCGUUACCUACACAGCAGCUGCUCUUCUCCAUCUCUGGGAGUUUCCCUUUCUCUUCCACUGUAUUUGGUACAUACUGGGCCUCCCGUCUGGGUACCUCUUGCUGCUCAUCUACUCUGCUGUCAAUCUCGACAGUCAGAGCUGGGGUACUCGUGAGGCUGCCAAGGCAGCAGGAGGAGGAGGGGGAGGUUUCAAAAUGGUGAAAAAGUGGGCGAGGGAGGGAGGGAAAGUAGUGCGGGAGUUUCUGUUGCUGUGUUGCGGAAAGAGAGGGACAGAUGGUGGAAAAGAAGUGAAGGUGCCCCUUCUUCAGGAAGACACAGAGAGUGAUUUAGCUGAGGAUGAGAGCGGAGGGGAAGAAGCCGAUGGUGUUGAGCACAAGCAGAUGAGUUCAGAUGCCAAAAAAUGGCUAAAAAGGCAAGAAUGUCAAGAGUACAUAGACAAGUUUCAACAACACGGCUACUGCAGUUUGUCCUACAUUGCUUCCAUGACAAGAAGGGAAUUCAAAGCCAUUGGUAUAGAUAAACUAGGCUUUGUACUGAGACUAGAGAAAGCAGCCAAGAAGCUUCCAGCCAUGGUUAUUGAGACAGAUGUGCCACCAACAGUGACAGACUGGCUAACAACCCUGGAGAUGGAGGAGUACACUGAGGUGUUCCACAGAGCUGGCUAUAAGACAGAGGAGGACAUUGAGAAUCUGAAAGAGAUUGAUGAUAAGGAGCUCAAGAGAAUGGGGAUUGUAAAAAUGGGUAUGAAACAUUGGCUUCAUUCUGUGGCUAUGAUCUUACUGUCGAUCUCCCUUGUGAUCAGCUCAUGUUCAGAGGCUCAACAAAGCUCUGGAGUGCCUGUUUCAUCCCACAUCAGGUAGAAUAAGAGCUAGCUAAGUACAUAAUUUUGGCUUUCUUCACUUACGGGCCUCCUGGCCCAUUAUUCCUACCCCACUGUCCUUUUUGCUGCAUUUUUCACUUGUUACUUUGUUUGAAGUUGCGAGGAUGAAUGUGUUAGAGUCUUCCCAAGAUUUGUAAUCACAAGGAUAAAGAAGUUUUCCAUUUGGUAUAGAGUGAGAGUGUGUGUGUGUCUGUGUGUUUUUAUUCUUCAGUUGAGAUUCAGAUCCACAAGGCCAAGAGAGACCUGAGCAGCAUAGAUCCAGCCCCAAUUGACAGCGAGGACAGGGAAGCACAGUUCUGGCAGAAUAUCCUCAGCAAUGAACUCAAACCAGUCAAAGUCCGCCUGCAGCAAGCGAGCAAGGAAAUAGGCCAGAAACUGACGACCCUUCGAAACUCAUCUCUGGUCAUCAUCUUCCUCAUCAACAUCAUGUGGAUUAUUUUCGUGUACACGGUCGAAGUGGUGAAGCAUGAUCUGCCAGGGAGAGCUUUCCACCUCUUGUUUCUCGCAGUCUACGGGUUCAUUUUCCUGGUCAGCUUUUCGACAAUGCUGAUCCAUCGGUUCCUGAUGUUGAUACAGUUCCUCGGACGACCAGAGGUGUUUGAUGAAGCAGUCCACACGCUGCAGAACAAGCACAGUUUGAGUGGAUAGAAAACAUAUACACAUAGAAUAGACAUUCACAAUUCUUGGUGUGUGGAGUAACUACAUGUAUCGUCUGAUUCAAUUAUGUUGU